AUGGCCAUUCUGAAGGACCACACAUUUCUAUUUCUACCUAAUGUAAGCUCUUCAACUCUCGACUUUCUGGCUGGAUUAAUAGCUAAGGAAGGAGGGAAAGUGAUAGAAGAUGUGAAUCAACUGGACCCUGAGACGGUUGUAUUGAUAAACGAUUCCUUCGUUGGUGAAGGGGAAAAUAUCAUCCAUGAAGAUAUUCUAAGGAGGGAAAGCGAUCUGGAUAUUGACUACAUCUACGACUACAUUACCGAAAAUUCUGUGAAAUGUGUUAGGGCAAGUAAAGUGAGUAGGUGGCUUAAAGAUGGUCAAUUAGUGAUAUCUAAACCGGAACUAGUGCAAUUAAUACCAACUGAAGAGGAGAAAUCAGCAUAUGAAAACGUGAGUUCGGAUUCUGAGUCAGCUACAGAUGUUGAAGGAACUGAUGGGGGUGAAAGGAGUCCCAGCAAGGACCAGCACGAGGGUCAAGAGACACCAAAGGGUUCUGAUGGGGAAGAUUCAAGGUCCCUUGAGACAAACUGGUCAAAAAAUGAGCUAGUUAUCAAGUUUCUAGAUAUACUUGCCCAUAGGUACAAGGUGAAGGGCGAUAAUUUCCGAUCUAGAGGCUAUAACCUUGCCAAGAUUGGCAUUCAACGCUUGCCUCAUGAGAUUGAAUCAGGAGUCCAAGCUCAAAAGGAGGUUUCUAACGUUGGAUCUAGUAUCGCUAAAAAGAUCCAAACAAUCUUAGAUACAGGCACUCUACCGGGCGCUUAUGAAUCACCUCAAUUUGAAGAGAGCCUCCAAUAUUUAUCCAAAUGUCAUAACGUGGGAACCUAUACCGCUCGAAGGUGGACCAACUUGGGACUGAAAUCCUUUGCAGAGGUUUCUCAAAAAUUUCCCCACGAAUUGAAAACAGAUUGGCCGAUCCUCUUCGGAUGGUCAUUUUACGAGGAUUGGUCAAUCCCCAUUCCGCGGCAAGAGUGUUCUCAAAUUGAAAGAAUCGUUAACCAAGAGUUAAAAUCAGUCGAUCCUGCAUGCCAAGUAGAGAUACAAGGUAGUUACUUGAGAGGAGCAGAUUACUGCGGUGACCUUGACAUGCUAUUCCAUAAGAAAAAUUGUAAUGAUACGACUGAAUUAUCGAGCAUAAUGGAAGAAGUUGCGAUUAGACUUUAUGACAAGGGUUACAUCAAGUGUUUCCUACAGUUGACGCCACGCAUAUGCGAACUAUUUGCUCCCAAAAUCCUUGACCGAUUCAAGAAGUGUAACUUACAAGCUAAAACGAUAACGCCCAGUAACGAGCGUAUAAAGAAAUUCUAUUUCGGUUUCCAGAUCCCUGGAUCAACCGCCAAAAAUGGGAACCCUAAGUCAUUACUGUUAUCAGAUGAUCAAUUCAUGUCAUUGAAUACAAAAGUAGGGAACCCCUGUAGAAGAGUUGAUUUUUUCAGCUGUAAAUGGUCCGAAUUAGGCGCCAGCAGAUUACAAUGGACAGGUCCUAAAGAAUUUAACCGCUGGUUAAGAAUGAUUGCCAUUGAAAAAGGGAUGAAAUUGACCCAACAUGGCCUGUUCGACAAAAAUGACGUUCUCAUCGAAAGCUUCAUUGAUACCAAAAUUUUCCAAGCGCUUGACCAGCCAUACAUAGGGCCCGAAGAACGCAACCACGUAUUCAAAAAAAGACGUUCCAAAUAG